AUGUCAGCUGCUGUUAGUACGCCUUCACAGCUAGACUCUUUGAUACAAAGGGCUACAAGCGAGUCAAUCCCAAAUGGAGAGAUAGAUUUGUCUUUGGCCUUGGAAGUAUCCGACGUAAUAAGGUCAAGGAGAGUGCCUCCAAAAGAAUGCAUGCGGUGUAUCAAAAAACGGAUCAUGUCUUCGCGCUCCAAUCCAAACAGAAGCCUAUCAGCCUGGCGCUUGACUGAGGUUUGCUUGAAGAACGGUGGCGUUCCAUUCAUAAAGGAGGUUUGUUCACGCGAGUUCAUGGAUUCACUGGAGCAUGCAAUACUACAAGAAGAAUCGAACGAUGAGCUCGAAAUUCUUUGCAAAGGCAUGUUACAAGACUUGUAUGUGGCGUUCCGGAAUGACAGCCAGUUGAAUUAUGUUUCCAAGGUAUAUCAAAGACUGGAAGCUAAGGGCGUUGACUUUCCCUCAAACCCUUCUCGCCACUCGGAGCUAGCGGCUGCGAUGUUUGAUUCCAAGACCCCCGCAGAUUGGAUUGACUCUGAUACCUGCAUGAUUUGCUCUAACAAAUUUUCCUUACUUAAUAGAAGGCACCACUGUCGCUCCUGCGGUGGCAUUUUUUGCCAAGAACACUCUUCGCGCUUUAUCCCGCUACCCGACCUCGGCAUUUACGACAAUGUCAGAGUCUGUGAUAACUGCUUUGACGACUAUGAGACAAAAAAGCAGUCAGACAAGAAGCGGAAGAAGAAGAAGAAGGGGCACGGUAAGAGUAGUUCUGUUCGAGACCAGGAGGAAGAAGAACUCAAAAAAGCGAUAGAGCUUUCGUUGAGAGAUGCUCGUUCAGAAGACACAUUUGUGCCUGUAGUGCCAGUCCAAAAAGCUCCUUCUCCCCAGGCAAUCGAUGAAGAAGAGGAUGAAGAUCUCAAAGCAGCUAUUGCAGCGAGUCUUCGAGAGUCUGAAGAAGCAAAGCGGAGACAGCAAGAACGGCAACAAACACCCGUCGCAGAAGGGUACAGUGUUCCUGAUGUGCCACCCCCUCUUCCCAGCAACGAACUGACAACCUCAGAAGAAGACGACAUCCAAUUGUUUGCAAGUCUUGUAGAACGCAUGAAAUAUCAGCCGCCCACAGCGAUUUUGGAAGAUACACAAUUGCAACAGCUUUACCGUAAGGUCAUGGGCACUGUACCAAAACUCAACAUAGCUCUAAGCGAGACCUCUCACAAGUACAACACGCUAAUGAAUAUGAAUGGGAAAAUAUCGGAUAUCAUGAACAUUUACGAUUCACUGCUUGAAAAGCAACUGCAGUCCAUUAAUCUAAACCAGCAGUAUUUUAUGCCUCAAUUGCCAUCAGACCCUUACGCAUACUACAAUGUAGGUCAACAGAACUCGCCGCAUGUCAAUCCUGCUGCUCUCCCUCAACAAAACCAGCACAUCCAGGUGUCUAGUCCAGCGUUGAACAGGCAGCACGUUUCUGAAAGUAAAGUGCCUUCAAUGCCUGCCUCUGAACUACGUCCACUCGAGGGACAUGCGAGCCCAAACCACAUUGAACAACUAAAGUCAAUAGCAAUUGAACAGGAGGCACCCCAAAAACAGUCAUUGUCCUCUCCACGUCCUUACCCAGACGAAACUCAAGAAGAACAAAACCCAUGCCUUUCGGAUCCUUAUCCAAAUGGGAUCAGCAAGAAUGGACCAGCUCAAGCUCCCUCAGAUCCUCCAUAUCCAAAUGAUGAUGAGGAGAAAGAAGAGAGUUUACGGCAAGCUCACCCAAAAUUGGAUAAAAUAACCAACUUCGACUUCCCUACGGUUCCAGUCCAGCAACCGCCUGUUGAGGAGCAUGUGAAGGAGGAGCCUGAAGAAGCGAAUGAGCAAGAACAGCUUUUGAUAGAGUUAUGA